CGGAGUAAUAAUACUGGAUACAUCUACUAGACUACAAUACCCACUCCCCGUUUGCCUAGUGAAAUAGAACAAUCAUUGUCGAGUAUUUCCCUCAGCGAAUAAGCAACCCUCUCUCUUUCUCAGCCUGUUCCAAACUUUUUCUCCAAACUGACUGAAUUAAAUUAAAAACUUCUGCAAAAUCUCAGUUGAGCAGCUUCGUUUGAAUUUCAAAAAGUUAUAAUCAUAAGUGGCGUAUAAAUGAUGAUCGACGAACUGGGUUUUGCGACUUCUCUCUACACCGCAUCGGGGCUUCAAGGCGGGGGAGCUUCUGCCCUUAAUUUCCCCCCUCUCAACUGCGCCACGAAUUCGGUGGCUGGCGGUGGUAACGAAAUUAGCAGUCCUCUAGAAGAUUUGGUGAACCAAAGCUACAACAGCAAGCACAAUUCACCCCACAAGGUCAAAAGCGAGUGCAAUGGUAGCUCGGACGGGUCAACAGGCGCAGGCGGCGGAAUGGGGUCGGGUGGGGGAGGGGGACCCACACCCGCCCGUAGGAGACACCGGACCACUUUCACCCAAGACCAGUUGAAUGAGCUAGAAGCGGCCUUCUCAAAGAGUCACUACCCGGAUAUAUACGUGCGAGAGGAACUCGCCCGAAUCACAAAGUUGAACGAAGCUAGAAUUCAGGUGUGGUUCCAGAACAGACGUGCCAAGUAUAGGAAGCAGGAGAAGCAGCUCACCAAGGCAUUCGUCAGUCCCCCCUCCGCCUCAGUGCUCGCUCCCCCCGGCGGGGUCGCAUGCAACCAGAUGAUGCGAAACAUAUACCACCAGGCCACCAAUGGAGCCAGACCCACAGGUUUUCCAGGAAAUCCGAUGUCAGGUUCAUUCCAUUAUCAACCACCACCUAUGCUCACACCUAUCAGCUCUCAAAACGGACCCGGCUCCAACAACCUCUCAACCAGUCCUUGCAGCAUGUCCAGCAGGUAUCCAAUGUCGGGUGCCGGAGGAUCCCCAGGGUCUGCAAUCUACAACCCUGGAUCAAUGGCGUCACCGUUUUCACUCCAUGGGAACCCACUAAUUGCUCCUGGAGGUGCGAUGUUGAAUCACAUGGGUCAUCAUGGACAUCCCCACGCUAUGAGUCAUGAUUUGACAGGGGUUCCAACAACGCCCGAUGACUGGUACUCAAAAAGUCUGUCGGCUUUCAAAAUGAGUCACGUGGCUGCAGCUGCAGUUGGAAACACAUCGCCCCAAAGUGUGCAUGCCCAUUUGCAGCAUUCAGCUCUGAUGCCAUAUUGAGUCUGCUCCCAAGGAUCCAAUGCUUCGGAACAUAAGGAUGAACCAAACUAAUAAAUCUAUAUUUUCAUAUAAUGAUCAUCAAAAAAAUGGUUUUGUGAUACUAAUUUGUUUAUAUAUGGAACAACUGGUGCUAUUUUCAAAUUUUUAUGAAGUUUUUAUAAAAUUUAUAUUUCAGUAGGUAUUUUGAGUCGAAGACCAAGUUCAAUUCAAGUUUUCUCGAA